CAAAACAAACACAGAAUAAAACACAACACAACAAAAAUAUUCGCAACGCAUUUCUACUGCUUAUGCACUCCUCUUUCUCUGCAGCUGAACUACAUAAUUGCAGAAACAUAAAUGGUUUGUUGUUGGAAACUGUAGCAAACAUCAAGCAGUGGAGUAAGAGAUUGCGUGUUGUUGCGCGAAUACACUAAUUAAGAGAUCAAAAGCAUUGACGAGUGGCUGUGAGAGACAGCGUGAGUAUGUUGGAAUGUGUUACCGCUAGGCUCCAUACUCAUUGCAAGAACAGGAAUUUGGUGAACAGUUGCUUCUGCUGCUAAAGUGUAAAAAUUGCGAUUUGGACAAUAAAUUGUUAAUAAUUAAUUAAUAAAAUAUGUUUAAAAGUGUUUUAAAAUGUUUAGUGAAGUGUUUAAAGUGCAGUGCAAGUGAAAAGUGUAUAAAUUGUGUAGUGAAAAAGUAUUUUAAAGUGGUUGAAAGAAGUUGUGUGCGAAAUCUAAUUGGAAUGGAAAUUUUUUGCGCAGUCGGUACGGGUUCGUUCGUGUGUGUUGUGUGCGUGCAUGCAAAGCCGGGCAACAGGCAAAUAAGUAGUAAAAUAAAUGUGCUACUGCAUAAAUUUAUUAAUAUUAUUAUUUUUGGAAAAUAUACUUAAUAGAAGUCAAAGGAAAUGUGAAAAUAAAAUGUAAAUGUGACAUGCAAAUCGAAAAUAUCAAUGAAUGUACAAACAUCGUUUCGUAUACUAUGUACUUAUGUAUAGUAUGUGCAUACAUACUUAUGUACUUAUGUGAAUAGGCGUCGGGUUCGGUUCGUUUUGAUUUAUGCGUAUAUCGGUAUAAUCUGUAGUAAUGCGUGGAAGAUUGUAGAAUCGUGUAAGUAAUUAAAAAAAAUCUAAUAAAAAUUAAUGAUUGGUAAAAGUGUGAAGUGCGGUAAUCAUUAUGUGCGUUCGUAAAUUGUUGUAAACGUUAAGUUCCAUGAACACUUUGCAAUGAAUUGACCAUAAUAUUUUCCUCAAAGGCGGAUAUUCCAUAUUUCCACAAGCAUACUUAUUAAGCAAAGAAUGCGAGCAGUAAAAGAAGAUUUCUUUGGUAGUUUCAUUUAAGUGAGUUGCUGCAGAGUCAAGACGGAUCGAGGUAUUAGAUAUUUCAAUUUGCCCUCAAGUUAAUCAAUCCUCUCAAAUACGCAUGGGACUGUUAGUGCUCGCCCCAAAACAACAUGAAUUGAGGCGCCAAAUAUUUCAUAUUCCCUCAAGCUAAUCAAUCCCCUCAAAUACGCAUGGGACUAUUAGUGCUCGCUCCAAAUUUACAUAAAACUCAAAUCGGGUAUUUUGACAUUAGACAGUGUCAUCGAGAAAAAAGAGUAUUUUGAGUCCAGGAUGAAUGGCCGAUCAAAACAAAUACCAAGCAGCGGUGAAACAGGUGCUGCAAAACAAACACAAUUUGAAAAGAAACACAGCAAAAAGAAGAAGCACGCAUGCAAAAUAUUCGCAACGCAUUUCUACUGCUUAUGCACUCUUCUUUCUCUGCCGCUGAACUAUAUACGUAUGUAUGUACAUAAUUGCAGAAACAUAAUUGGUUUGUUGUUGGAAACUGUAGCAAACAUCAAGCAGUGGAGUGAGAGACUGCCUGUUGUUGCGGUAAUACACUAAUUAAGAGAUCAAAAGUAUUGAUGAGUGGCUGUGAGAGUCAGCGUGAGUAUGUUGGAAUGUGUUACCGUUUGGCUUCAUACUCAUUGCAAGAACUGGAAUUUGGUGAACAGUUGCUUCUGCUGCUAAAGUGUAAAAAUUGCGAUUUGGACAAUAAAUUGUUAAUAAUUAAUUAAUAAAAUAUGUUUAAAAGUGUUUUAAAAUGUUUAGUGAAGUAUUUAAAGUGCAGUGCAAGUGAAAAGUGUAUAAAUAGUGUAGUGAAAAAGUAUUUUAAAGUGGUUGAAAGAAGUUGCGUGCGAAAUCUAAUUGGAAUGGAAAUUUUUUGCGCAGUCGGUACGGGUUCGUUCGUGUGUGUUGUGUGCGUGCAUGCAAAGCCGGGCAACAGGCAAAUAAGUAGUAAAAUAAAUGUGCUAUUGCAUAAAUUUAUUAAUAUUAUUAUUUUUGAAAAAUAUAUUUAAUAGAAGUCAAAAAAAAAGUGAAAAUAAAAUGUGCCCUGCAAAUCGAAAAUUAAUAAAAAUCUGUCGUGAAGAGCCACGUGCAUAGUAAUGAACGGGUAUCGUUUCGUAUACCAUGUAUGGUAUGUGAGUACGCGUCGGGUUCGGUUCGUGCGUAUAUCGGUAUAAUCUACGGUAGUGCGUGGAAGUUUCUAGAAGCGUGUAAGUAAUUAAAAAAAGCAAAAUAUAGUAAAAAUUAAUUAGUGGUAAAAGUGUGAAGUGCGGUAAUUGUUGUAUGCGUUCGUCUAUUGAUAUAAACGAUAAAUUCCUUGACUAUGCAAUGAAUGGAGAUCCAAUAUUGCAAACAAAGGCCUCUUAAUUUUCAUAUGCAGCACUAUGCAAGAAACAGGUGAUAGCUUUGUUGCAACUACUAAUACAAAUACACAAAAAUAUGCAGCAUUUUUGGCAUUCAUAUGUGACGACGACAGCCGACAGCAAGCGAGAAAUGCGCUUGCCAAAUGAGACUGUAGGCGGAAAGAGGGUAGCUGGCACUCCUCUAGGCGCAAUUUCAAAAAUCAAAACUGAAAGUAUGUGUAAUAACAACAAAAAUAAAACACAAAGCUCAAAAAUAUUGCAUGAAAAAUGAAACUAAACUAAACAAAAGCGAAAUGUGUAGCAAAAAGUAAUAAAGUGCGUGAAAGAAAUAAGCGAGUGACACUGUCUAAUACAAAUACCGUUACAUACAAACUUGUAUCAGUAAAUCGUGGUGCUUUGUAAAAGUUAAACUUCAUUUCAGCUGUCUGUGUGUGUUUUCGUGUAAAAGUGCAGAAUUUUUAUCUAUCUCAUGCCACCGCUAUCAUGAGCAGACAUCGCUGCAUUGACAUGUUUGACAUAUUGUGCUGUUAUUUUGUAUUUGCUUUGCAUGCUGUUUGACAACAAAAGCAAAGACAACGCCCAAGGACAGCAGUGAUUUUUAUGCAGCAUAACAUCGUUAGACAAUAUUAAAAGUCAUGGCAAUACAACAGCUUCGGCGACAACAACGACCACAGCAGCGACUGAUAACAAAUAUUGAGAUAAAACUGAAUUUUUAUAGAUAAAAAUUCUUCUAACAAGUUUUUUUUCGAAGUGGCUUUAAACGAAACUACCAAAGAAAAAAUAUUUAAACUCAGAAAAGUCACUUUCAAACCUAGACAAAUUGAUUUCCUCGCUAUAGUUGAGGAGCACGUUAGCCAAAAUGUGCUCGACAACACAAUUUUGUUUGCUCAACCUGCGCACAUAUUUAAUUUAUUUAUGCUGCUAUCUGCUUAUAAUGGUGGCGGCCGGUAGCCGUGUGGUUGACGGUUUAAAGUGUUAUUGUAAUCCGAAAGAAUGUGAUGUCAUACGAUCGCUGGAUUGUCCAGGCAAGGGUAUGAUGCUGUGGGAUCCAUGCAAAUGUUGUCGCAUUUGCGCCAAAACACUUGGCGAAACUUGUGGUGGUCCGGGUGGAUUCUCCGGUCAGUGUGAACCACCACUACAGUGUGUCACAAGAUUGCCCAUCUCCAGCGGUCUAGGCGUUUGCAUGGAUCUCCCCUCGUCAUCAUCCUCCCUGCAUUCCACAUAUCACAGCAGUAAAUACAAUACGAAUUGUACAAACGAUGAGACAAUAGUGAUAGAGCCUGGCUGCGAAAUCACCAAUAAACGCUGCCAAUGCUGGCCAACGUUGCGCGUGUGUAGCACAAAUAGUAUCGACGAUACGGAUGCACCGGCGACGACAGAUAUACGAUGGCAUUUCAAGACAUUGGAGGACUGCCAGUUAAAUUUACAAAACCUGAUCAAAAUCGAAAUGGAAUUCGAUGAAGAUUACACAAUUUCGCCGAGCACCACUUUCACAUAUAAAAAAUUAAGAAGGAAGCGCAGAGCGUUAAGAAAACACAGAACGACCAUUAAACACUGAGUUUACAGCGAAUCAAGACAUUAUUCCUGUACAACCACUUAGACACAACCACCAAUAAACCCUAGACAGAACUUGCUAAGAGCAUCCUAUUGAAAAAAGGCGCGCAGUUAAUGAACGAAAUAAAGUUAAAUUUAAUGGCAUAGCGUUAAUAUUAACAUAACAUAAGUGAUAAGAGAUAUAUACCAUAAAUGAGUAAUUAGCCAUAAAUGUGUGUAAAUGUGGAGAAGAAAAGCAAAGCUAUACUAAAACUGAUGAAAAAUUUGUAAAAAGAAAUUGCUGUAAAAGUGUUAAACUAAAUAAAUUUGCGUAGUUAGGUGAAGUAAUGGCGCUAAAUGAUAUAUAAAGCUAUAUUUGGAUUAAGAAAUAGAAUUUGAAAGCAAGUGAAUAUUCUUUUUGUUAAUCAUAUUUUUUUCAUUAUUUUUAAAUUCAAUGCUCUCUUCUAAUUUUUUUUUCAUUCCAUAAUUAAACUAAUCUUUUUUUUAUUUUUUGAUUAAUAUUUAUUUGUUGCAUACAUAUUUAUUUUUUGAUUUAAUGAACACAUAUAUAUAUAUAUACAUAUAUAUAUAUUUUUUUUGUUAAUACACACGACUCUGUGGCAGGUUUAUUGGUGGUUUUGUAUUUUAUUUUUGGCCCCAUUUUUUUUUCUUUUGCUCUCAGUUAUAAAAUACUUUCUUUUGCUUUGAACUGUUGUUUUCUCUUCAGAUUUUUGUAUUUUAGCAAUUUUGUCGUGAGCCGCCACUAUUUUUCUUAAUUUUGGAUUUUGCAUUCUUUUUCUUUUUUGAUUGUUGAAAACUUCCUAAAUCUUAAGAAACGAUUUUUUUUUUUUUUUAAAUUCUAUCUUUGAGAUCACAUUUGGACAUAUGUUUCUUAUCAUGGGAGUUUCUGGGUGUUUUGUUCGUAUUCUGAUUUUCGAAAAUUUUUUUAAGUUGCAUUUCAAAUUUUUUUCACUAAAGUUUAUAUUUUCUUCUUAACAUUUUCUACAUAUACGGUAUUUUUAUUUUUGAGUGCAUUGCCAUCUUUUUCCCAUUUUACGAUUUUUGCAUGAUUUUUUUCUCAUAUUCUGAUUUUUGAAAUUUUUUUGGAAGUCCUAUUUUCAAAAGCAUUUUUUUUAAUAAAAUACACAUUUGCGUUUCCCUUUUUUAGAUUUUGGAAUUUUUUAAAUUAAUUUGCCAUCUUUUUUUCUUUUUGGAAUUUUUGCAUUAUUUUUUCUAAUUUUUGAAAGUCCUGUGUUUAAAAGCAAUGU